AUGCACAGCCUUGCCACGCCGGUGUUGGGCGACUCUACAGCCUGCCGCAAACCCCAACUACGCAAAGCCGUCUCCAUCCCCACCGUCUCCUCUCUAGUCAAAGGAUCCUGGAACUGGGCCGGUGACACUCUCCACACAUACCGCGAUGGCCUGACGAAAGAGCAACGGCACGCCAAGGCCGAAAUCGAAGACCGAAAACAAAUCCUGUACCUGCGCAUGAAGAACGUAAGUAGCACACUCGAACCCGCGGGGCCAUUACUAAACCGACCACAGGCCGUGUCGUACGAAGAGUGGCGCAGUUGCGCAAGUGAAUUAGACGAACUGGAAGACCGUGAUGUCUGGAAACAAACGUUCGAGUGCACCGAGUACGAUCCGGCGUUGGUGCAGGACCGCCUGAGACAACUCGAUGAGGCGCGCGUGAGCUGCGAUGCGAGCCGGAUGCUGUUCCUCGUGCGAACGGCGCUGAGUCGGGACCUCGCGCAGAUGAGCAAUGCGUCGCUGUAUCGACAUUCACACAUUGGAACGAAGGAUCUGAUUGAUCGGUAUAUUACUGCGGCGCUGGACACGAUCGCGACACUGGUUGAUCUGAGCGUUCAUGAUCGCUGCGAUGGAUUGGAGUUGAAGUAUAUUCUUGACCAGCUGCUGGCGGCGCGACAAGCUUUCGGAAGGACCGCAUUGUUAUUCUCAGGCGGUGCGACCUUCGGAAUGACUCACAUUGGCGUCCUCAAGGCGCUGUAUGAGGCGCAGAUGAUUCCCCGUAUUAUUUCUGGGGCCUCGGCGGGGAGUAUUGUGUGCGCGGUGUUUUGCACGCGCACAGAUGAGGAACUUCCCGCGCUCUUGGAUACCUAUGUUCAUGGGGACUUUGCCGUUUUCAAUGAAAAGGGCCAGGAAGAGAACAUUUUCCAGAAAAUGACGCGCUUUCUGAAGUUCGGGUCAUUCCUUGACAUCUCCCAUCUGGCGAAGACCAUCAGAAACUGGCUGGGGGAUAUGACCUUCCAAGAAGCAUAUAACCGCACUCGCAGGAUUCUGAAUAUCUGCGUAUCGAGUGCUGGUAUGUAUGAACUGCCUCGGUUGCUGAAUUACAUCUCUGCGCCCAAUGUGUUGAUUUGGUCUGCUGUGGCGGUCUCAUGUUCCGUGCCCUUUGUCUUUAGACCAUAUACUCUAAUGGCUAAAGAUCCAUUAACGGGAGAAGCGGUCCCGUGGAAUGACCUUCAUAAACAAUAUAUUGAUGGCUCCGUCGAUGGCGAUCUGCCCAUGACGCGGUUAUCUGAAAUGUUCAAUGUCAAUCACUUCAUCGUCUCUCAAGUCAACCCUCAUGUGGUGCCAUUCCUACCAAAGGAAACAGGCCCCAGGAAUGAAGCAGACGAUGGUUCAUCUUUCGUCCCACGGUGGAUGAGCACUAUGACCCAUCUUGCCAAGGACGAAGUAUUGCACCGAAUGAAUGUACUAUCCGAACUCGGCGUCUUCCCAACAUCAAUGACCAAGUUCGCCUCCAUUGUCAAUCAAAAGUACCAUGGUGACAUUAAUAUAUACCCCGAGCUGAACUCCUCCAACUUUCCACGACUCCUUGAAAAUCCCACCACGGAGUUCAUGCUCUCAGCAUGUCUGAGCGGCGAGCGAGCAACCUGGCCGCGUCUCAGCCGGAUGCGCAACCACUGCGCCAUCGAGCUGGCUCUCGACCGCGCGGUCCAGCAAAUGCGGGCCCGGGUCGCCUUCAGCCCGAGCCAGGUUGACCUGCGCAUGCCCAACCCCAUCCGUCACUCCAUCGACUCGGCUGACAGCGGCCGAGGCCGUUACCGGCGCCGAAGGGGAUCUCACAGCCACGAACUGGAACAAAGGCGGGGCCAUCAUUCCCCCAAUGAACUUCGCAAGGCGCGGAGUACCGUCUCCCUUGAGAAUUCAUGCGAUUCAAUCCGACCGCGACCCCAUAGACGCACCUCAUCGGUUACAUUUAAUAACUCUAUCUUCGACAUCGACUCCAGCAGCGACGAAGACCGGACAUACACUCUUCCCCGCCGCGGCCACCGAACGCCAUCGGAUUCAAUACUAGUGCACCACGGACCUCGUAGCCCUGUCCGCUCCCGGCGAUCCUCCUUCUCCUCGAGUCUCCCCUACAACUCAACUCGGCCAACCAAGGUCUACCCAGCACGAGAUAUGGCAGCCCCAUCAUCCCGCCAUCUCCUCAACAUGACGCCGACGGUGCCGACCUCGCCUGAUUCCCUGCGAAAACGAAACUAA